AUGCCGCUUUGCUGCGCUCUGCAGAUUGCACUCGUCUGUCUCUUGCGCUCUUGGAACGUUCAUCCUACUGCAGUAGUCGGCCAUUCCAGUGGCGAAAGUGCUGCUGCAUUUGCUGCUGGUGCCCUAGACAUGCGAUCGGCCAUCGCCGUGCAAUACUAUCGUGGCUUGCUCACCGGAAGACUGGCGGGUACUCGGUCGACCAAAGGAAGCAUGAUGGCUGCAGGUCUCAGCUUGGAAGAUGCUGAGCGAUACCUUUCCAAAGUUACUUCUGGUAAAGCCGUGGUUGGGUGCCAUAACUCGCCAUUGUCGGUAACCUUAUCGGGAGAUGCAGAUGCCAUCGAUGAGCUAGAGAUACUGUUGAAAGUCGAUGGUGUCUUUACUCGCAAGCUCAACGUCCCGACCGCCUUUCACAGUCACCAUAUGAGUCACGACUAG